AUGCCCACCGAAUUUACCGACCUCAACUUGUCUGACAGGAGGGUUGUCCUCACCUGUGCGGUUUUGAACAUCAACGCCAUACCUGCAGAUGGUGUCUACCUAGAAGUCAUUGCCACAGUUCGCCUUUUUGAGCUUGAUGGCGAACCCACCUGUCAUAUCACAACAACAGAUACAACCGACGAGGUCCCCAGCCUGCCGUUCGAUGACCGCUCGCAGACUGGACGUGGUCGCCUGAGUGGCACUGCCGAGGAAGGUGGUCACCAAGAGACGAGCAAUUCGAGAGCCAACGAUAGUACCAAUACCAGCUCGCUUCUAACGGACCUCGACGAUGUCACGAGUGAAGACCAGGCAGCUAUCUUCACUCCAAUGACCCAUAUUGACGAAGACAACGACGACGAGUUUUGGGAUAUGAUUUGUCGCGCUACUGGUUAUUACUUGUAUGAUCACCCUGAGAAGUUCGCUGAAGCCAAGGAGGUAUACAUGGUGCGGGUUCCUUACUGGAUCGAGGACCGCUGGACCAUCCGCUUCUACUUCAAGAAGGAAGUCAAUGAUACUCUCAUGACUUGCUUAACCAGUCCCCCCCUUGCCUACUAUUGGACAGGGAUUGUGGAGCGACGGACUGAAGAGCUUCCUCGCCACCUAACAUUCAUGUCCCAUCGUACGACCAUGCGCAGCAUCACCGCCGGCACUGAGCCCGGUGACGGCUGCGAGACGUCCGCCCACCGUCCGAGGCGCACGCCCGUGCCAGUGGCGAACUUGAAGUGGUCGUCCGCGCCACCCCGGCGUCAUGAACGCAACAGCCUCUUGCCGCGAAAGGCUGUCACUCAGACCUCUGGGCGACGGGUCAAGGGGACGGUCAAAUGA